GAGCGGCCCCCGGUGCGAAGCGAAUCCCGGAGCGCGGAUCGGCGCCCAAAAUGGGGCACUCGGAUCCGGCGAGCGCACAAUCGUCAACAACAACUCUCACACAGACAGAUUCGUGCGGCGAAAUCGUCGUGGUCGUCGCGGGCUGUUAGUCGCGAAUCAAAGGACGGCGAGUAGAUUCAUUUUGUAAGUGGCGGCGGUGAGAAAGGGGGAGAAGAAGGGCGGUGCUAAAGCGAACCGGAAUCCUGGCCGCCCCGAGGGAGCGUCGAUCCGUUCCGGCUCUUGCGCGCCGCUGUUUUUAAUAAUAGAAGUACAGUAAUGGAUAGGAGUAGUUGUGCUCUAAGUCCUCAUGCCAGGCGGCGGGCCAACAACUCGCUGCAUGGACUCCUCUUGGGGUCGCCUCGUUGAAUCGCGCGCACGCGGGAGGGACUUCGCGACGACGAGCAGGGGACGGGAGAGACGCCACGCAGCACAGGCUUAGUCCCCCGUCCGUCAACGAAGGCGGUGAUAUGUAAAGUUUAAAGGAGGGGAGAGAGAGAGGGGGAACAAGAAGGCGGGCUCGCAGAGAAGGCGGACAAAAGCGGCGGACGCCCCUUUCUCUUUCACGCGCCUCGUCCCUCCGUCCCGUGCGACCCCCGUCCGUAGGCACCUCUUGUUUAGUGUCAGACGCGAGGAGAUCGAAACGACGAGGAGACGGAAGAGGACGAGAGGGAGACGAGCAAGAGGCGAGGAGGAGGAGGAGGAGCAGGCGGAGAGACGGUGGAGGACGAGGAGGCAUGGCCGCCCAAGUGAAGCUGGUGGGCGGCCUCGGGCGGGACUCUGAUCGCAGCCCGCUGCUCGGCAGGGCGAGCGCCGAGCACCCGGGCGGCGCGGGGGAGCAGCAGCAGCAGCAGCAGCCCACGUCGCUGCUGCUCUCGGACGAGGCCACGGGCAGGAAAGUGCGGGCGGGCGCCGAGCAGAGCGGCGACAACAGCGGCAGCAACAAUAGCAACAGCAAUGGAGACCAACAACAUGGAGUGCGGGCCAAGGACGGCGGAGGCAGCAACGGCAGAGGAGGAGGCGGCGGUGGUGGCGGCGGCGGUGGUGAUGCCGGUGGAGUUCCCGACACGUCUUCGUCAUCGUCCUCGUCGUCGUCUUCGUCCUCCGAGAGGGAGGCCGGGGUCUCUGCCACGGAGGCAACGGGGCCUAGUGGGCCGCAUCAUGGCGGAGAGACCCCGGGCUCGGCUGGGAGCUCCGCCGAGCCCGGGGCGAGGGGGCCCGGCGGCCUGAACUCUCACGGUGACGGGGUUUACGGGGUCGGCGGUGGCGGGGGUUACGGCUACGACGGAGCCCGCUCGGGCUAUGGGCCCGGCUUCUCGGGGGCUCACUCGCCCCGAGGAGCGGGAGGAGCCGGAGCGGUGGGGCUCAACCAGCAGCAGGACGUAAUGAUGAUGAUGGCGGGUGGCGGAGGAAGGGCGAACAGCAGCGUGGCCGGCUAUCCGCACCACCACCAUCAGCACCAUCACCACCAGCAGCAGCAUCAGCACCAUCAUCACCACCACCAUCAGCAACAGCAGCAGCAGCAGCAACAGGGCAGGCUGAUGGGCGGACAGUCGUCUCAUUCGGCGCAGUCUUCGUCGCAGUCGGCCGAGACGCCAACACUGAACCAGCUGCUCACAUCGUCAAACCCCGCCCGGGUGUACAGCGCCAUGGCCGCUGGGCAAGGUCCGGGGCCGGCUUCUUCAUCAUCAUCAUCAACAGCAGCGGGAGCAGCGGGAGCUUCGUCAGCAGCAGCAGGAGGAGGAGGAGGGCGACCAGCGGCCACGGCGAGUCCUCAGCCACCCAACAAACAGAUGGGAGUGAUGGACUCCAUGGUUGCCAAGAGAGCUCCUCCAUACCCAGGUGGAAAUGGGCAGCAGCCGCCCGGCACCUUCCCUGACCACGCUCAGGGUCAGGCGUACGGUGGCCCAAGCCCUGGCUACACGGGGCAGGGCCAGUACGGGCCUCCGGGUGGGGGUCCACACCGCUACGGCUCGACGACCCAGGGCAUGCCAUCUCGGCCGCCUGGGCCUGGCAACCCCAUGAGCUACCCUCACCAGCAGGAGAUGGUGUCCCAGUACAACCAGCAGGGCAUGGGAGGCAACCCACAGCAUCGGCAGCAGGGCUACUACAACCAGCCACCAAGCCACUACAAUCAGCAGCAGCACCAGCCAUACCCGCAGAGCCACUACAGCCAGCAGACACCCACCCAAUACAAUCAGCAGCCCCACAUGCCUCCAGCCCACUACAGUCAGCAGCCUCCUGGGCAGUACGCCACGCAGCAGCAGCAGCAACAGCAGCAGCAGACGGGGCACUACAACACGCAGCAGCAGCAGCAGCAGCAGCACCAAGGGCAGUACAACCAGCAGCCGCCGGCGCCGUACAACCAGCACGCGCAGCAGCCGCCAGGACACUAUGGCCAACAACCCCAGGGGCACUACAAUGCGCAACAUCCGGCGGCGGCGGCGGCGUAUGGGCAGCAGGGCUCGGUGCAGUACGGCCCACAAGGCUACAACGCCCCCGGUGCCUACAGCCAGCAGCCGCCAGGGCACUACAACCAGCAGCCGUCGGUGGGCUUCCCACAGAGAUAUCAGCUGCAGCCGGAGACCGGCGUGCCAGACAAUUACGCACGUGCCGUGGCGGCUGGAAACGCAGGCCCCGGAAAGCCGGGCCCUGACGACCCUGCCCAGCACAGCCGGCCGCCCAGCCUGCCGGACCUCUCCGGGAAGAUAGACGACCUGACGAUGUGCGGAGACGACGUGGCGGCAUCACAGGGCGACUCUGGCUCGAGCCGCUCCGCUCCGUCUCCAUUCUCCCCGCGCUUGCCCGGCUCGGCGGGCACCGGAGCCGGACCCGUGUCCGCAGGGGCAUCUGCGGCUGCGGCGGCGGCACAGUCGCCACACACGCACACCACCCAAUCGUCGCCGCACCCACACGCCGGCCCACGCCCGUCCUCCCAGUCGCCACGCCCGCUGUCGGCCGUGCCGCACUCGCCGCACGUCACGGCGGCAUCGUCGCGUUCCCACUCGCCGCACGUCGCCGUGCCGCCCUCCCCGCACGCCCAGCAGCAGCAGAACGCGGCGGCCGCGGCGGCCGCGGCGGUGGCGGCGGCCGCCAUGGGCCCAGCGGGGCCCGCGGCGUCGCCGUCCAUGUCCCCGUCUCCGCACCACGCGCCCUCGCAGUCGCCUCGGCCGCCCGCCGUGGGGGCCUCUCCUUCGCCGCACCCGUCCGUGGGAGGCCCCUCGCCUGUGUGCUCGCCCGCCGGCUCACGAAGCGGCCCGCUGUCACCCGCAGGGCACGUGGCAGGCAAUCAGAUGACCCCUCAGUCCACCGGUAACCUGUCAGAUUCGGGCUCGGUCAGCCAGUCCCCACGGCCCCAGGAGCGAGGAUACCCAAAGGGCUCGGGGACGCCCCAGGGAGCUGCCGGGAUGACUCCGCUCUCCCCACGACCGUCCCAAGCUGGCCCGGGCUACCCGGCUGCCCCAGCCGCCCCCUUUCCGCACGCGCAGCACCAGGGGGGGCCGUACCCCCGCACGGCGCCGAGCCAGUACUACGGGGGGCAGCAGUAUCCCCAACAGCAACAGCAGCAGCCACCACAGCAGCAGCAACAGCAGCCUCCGCAGCAACAGCAGCAGCAACCGCCACAGCCGCAGUACUCCGGUUACGGACAGCAAUACGGGCCGCAGGGAGGUCAGCCCACGGGGCAGUACGGGCCGCCAUCGGCGCCCAGUCAGUUCGCCGGCGGACAGCAGCCCCCUCCUGCCCCCCAGGGAGCGCAGUACCCACCGCAGUACGCGGGGCAACAGGGAGUUGGCGGCGGCGGCGGCAGCGGUGGAGGAGGAGGGCCGUACCAGUCGCAGCAGGGAGGGCAGUAUGCGGUGCAGUACGGGCAACAGGCGGGGCCGUAUAGUGGCCACGCAGGACAGUUUGGGCCUCAAGCAGUCAACGCGAGUAACUGCAUGCCGCCGGGCUACGGCGGUUUCCCGGACGGGAGCUCGAGCAGUGAUGGUUUGAGCCCUGGUGGCGAGGGCAUGGGUCAGGCUCCGCCAGCGGGAGGCUACGGUGGCCCCGUGAGCCGCGCGCUGUCCCGUCCCUACGGCGGAAGCAACACCCCCGACGCGCAGAUGGGCCUCAACGGCAUGCCGCCUGGGCCGCCCAACAGCAGGGCUGGCGUGUACGAGGGCGGUGCAAUGGGUCCCGGGGUGCCGCCCUACGGCCACGGCGGCUAUCCCCAGCAGCAGGCCAUGAUGAGCCCAUCCGGCCCUGUCAUGCCCAACAGCCUGCCAGGAGGCUACGCGGCGCCCCCCUCUGGGCUGGCACCCGAGGCAAAGCUUCCAGCGAAAGGGAAGGGAGACAAACCGGCCAGCGACGUCAAGUCCAAGUCGGGAUCGUCCACCACGACGGGGGAGAGCAUCAUGCGCCUCUACGAGCUGGGGCCUGAGCCCGAGCGACGCCUCUGGGUUGACCGCUACCUGGGCUUCAUGGAGCAACGUGGCUCGCCCGUCGCGCUCCUGCCCGCCGUUGGCAAGAACCCGCUUGACCUCUUCCGCCUAUACGCCUCGGCCAAGGCGUACGGUGGCUUCGUGCAGGUAAACAAGAAGAAGAAAUGGCGUGAGCUGUCGACGCAGCUGGCUGUGGGCACGUCCAGCAGCUCGGCCAGCUCGCUCAAGAAGCAGUACAUCCAGUUCCUGUUUGCCUUUGAGUGCAAGACGGAGCGCGGCGAGGAGCCGCCACCUGAGAUUCUCAACCCCUCCGACAACAAGAAGACACCCAAGAUUCAGCCGCCCUCUCCGGCCGGCUCCAGCUCUACGCAGGGCCCCCUGACCCCGCAGCCGCUGGAGGGACUGAGUGACAUGAAGCCACCCACCCCGGUGUCGACGCCGCGGCCCCACGUGCCCCCUGCCCACCAGAACCGGUACGGUGGCAUGCCCAGCGGUGAGCCAUACCCUGGGGGAGCCGAUCCAGCGUAUCAGAGACCCUACGACGGAUAUCCACCCCGGAGAGGUGCGGAGGGCUAUGGAGGCGGUCCCGGAGACCCCUACAGCCAGGGACCAAGACCACACCUUCAGUAUCCUCCAAGCUACGAACGACGGCCAGAGCAGAUGAUGGGUUCAGAGGGUGGAGGUGGAGGGGGUGGCGCAGGAGGAGGUGGCAUGGCCUCGCAGAACUCGACAUCCGACCCUGGCCUGUACUCCCCCAAGUUUCCUCCUGGAAGCCAACAAUGGUCGGACCAGUGCGGCACUGGAUACAUGGCGCAGGGGCCGCCACCGUACCCACCUAAUCAGCCCGGCGUGUUUCCGCAACAGGCCUACAAGCGCCCUGCGGACGGAGGCUACGAAGGCCCCCCGGCCAAGAGGCAGGAAACCGAUGCCGUUUACAACUCCCACUACAGCAACAACCAACAGCUGUCGCAGCAGGCUCCCCCUCCUCCUCAGCAGCAGCAGCAGCAACAGCAGCAGCAGGGCCAGUACGGCUCUUACGAGCCGGGCUUUCCUGGUCCAGAUCACAGGGCGGCAUCGGGUCCGUACUCUCAGGUGUACGGCCGCCCGGUGGCCCCAACGGCCACAGCUCAGGCGGCGGGCACGGCUGGUGGGCCUCUCCCUCCAGGCGGUGUCGCUGUCCCACAGGGCCCAGGGGGCCCGGUCUCUCAGGAGGUCGCCCAGGGCCCUGUCGUAGCCGGGCCCAGUCAGGAUCUGGGAGCGUUGAGCCGUGAGCACGGAGCGCCGGGGCAGCCAGUUCCGGCGAACCAAGCGUCCGGGCUGGCGCCCUCUGCCAAUGCCGCGCCUGCCGGACAGUGUCCCAGCCCCAUGAUGAGCCAGGCACCUGGCGGUGUCGCCGGAGCCAUGGGCCAGCCCGCCAUGGGGGUGUCUCGCCCCUCUGGUGACCCCACCAUGCAGCCAAGUGUGUGGGCCAGCCGGGGCGAACCCCCCUACCCCUAUCAGGCACGGCAGCAAGGGAUGCCGGGCCCGCAUGGACCUCCUUACGCCGUUCCUCCGCGCUCCGAGGAAAUGAUGGAUCAAGCGCGUGGCCCCUGGCAGCAGGGGCAGGGGCAGCAGCAGCCGCAGACGCCGGUGCAGCAGCAGCAGCCGCCGCAGCAACAGCAGCAGCGCCUGCCGCAAAGCUCGAUGUCCGGAUCGCCGUACCCGCGCCCAACCCUGCAUCACAGCUACCACCAGCAGCCGCCGUACCCGGGCCACGGAUCUCCCGCGUCGGGCGCGUACCACCGCUCGCUGUCGCCAGGCCGCUCUCCGUAUGUGAGCGGCAUGGUUGCCCCCACGCCGCCUGGCGCCCGCAUGAUUCACCGCGCCGGGCACCCGGUGCCGGCCACACAGCUGGGUCCGUCGGGCUGCUUGGCCAUGCCGACUGUGCGGCGCGAGCUCUGCUUCCCGGCGCGAUCCGUCGAGGCCACGCAACCCACGUACAAGCCGCGCCGAAAACUGACGUCCAAGGAAGUCGGCUCCCCGGAGGCGUGGCGCGUGCUCAUGUCUCUCAAGUCAGGGCUGCUCGCCGAGAGCGCCUGGGCCGUCGACACCGUCAACGUGCUCCUCUACGACGACACCAGCGUCUCCAGCUUCAACCUCAGCCAGCUGCCCGGCCUGCUCGAGCUGCUGGUCGAGCAUUUCCGUCGCUGCCUCAUCGACAUCUUCGGUAUCCUGGAGGAGUACGAGCUCGGCAACUCCGAGAAGAAGUCCCUUCUCGACGGGAAGCUCUUUGCCAAGGCGCAGGACUCUGUGCGGCUCGGCCUCAACGGUGAUGCUGACAAGUCGGAUGACGAGGAGUGUGGCGGCGGUGGCGCCGGUGACGAGAACACAAACGACGACUCCGGCACGGACCGCAACAGCUCGGCCAUGGAUCUGGAGGACGAGCCGGCGCAGCCCGACUCGGAGGAGACCAUGGAGACGACGACGCCUGCAGCGUCGUCGUCGUCUUUCCCGCCGCUCGCAUUGGCGGCAGCGUCGUCGUCGUCGGAAAAGGGCGAGGGCGUCAAGGGUGCCACCCCGGCGCCUGCAAAUGGGGAGGACGCGGUGUCGGCACGCUCGCUCGCGGCGAGCACGUUCGACCGCCUUCCCAUCAAGGUGGUGGAGAAGGCGGAGGAGUUUGUGGUGGAGCGGCCGGACUGCGCCGGCACCCGACUCCCAGAUGGCGAGUGCGGGCGGCUGCACUGGCAGCUGGGCGGUGGCGACAUGACAGAGCACAUCCAGACGCUGUUCGAGAGUCGGACGGGCAGGACAGCCCUGCUGCACCGUAGCCUCAAGCGGAGGCAGCGGGGAGCGGAGCCGCCCAAGGCCCCGCGACCCUCCGGCACGGUGGAAAACGGCGACGGCAUGGACGCGCGGAGGGCGGCUGCGGAGGCGGUGCCGUCGGCUGGCGCCGAUGGAUUUUGCGACCUCGGUUUGCCCAACGGGCUGCAUUCCUCGCUCGAUGAGAAGCUGAAGGGUGCAGGCAGGCUGCUGGAGGAUGAGCCAGAGUGCAAGGACGACCCCCCGCUGUGCACGUUCGAGGACUGGCAGGAGGCGCUGUCGCGGCGCUGCGUUUGCAUCUCCAACACGCUGCGCAGCCUCUCGUUCGUGCCGGGCAACGACGCGGAGAUGUCGCGGAACCCAGCGCUGCUCGCGAUUCUCGGCCGCCUGAUCCUCCUGCACCACCGUCACCCUGAGCGGCGGCGUGGGCGCAUGCACCCGCACGACGGGCCGCUCACCGGCUGCAACGCCGCCGCCGGUACCACCGAGAGAGAGCGUGACGCCCGGAAGGAGGUGGACGCGGACAGGAUGAAUCGAAACGAGGAUGACGAGGAUGCGAAAGACGACGACGAAGAGGAAGAGGAAAAGGAGGAGGGCAGGAAGAGCUCGCUGUUGAAUGGCGAUGGAAAAGAAGCGGAUGCCGAGACGGGAGAGGCUCAGGAGUUGGGGCGCGGUGGCGGCGAAGCAAAGCCAAGUAUGCACGGUUUUGGUGGCCCGGUUGCCAGCGGCGAUGCUGACGAUCACGAGUCAAGCGAGCGCCACUGGUGGUGGGACUGCCUGCAGAGCCUGCGGGAAAACGCCUUUGUGACACUGGCCAACAUCGCGGGCCAGCUGGACCUCUCCGCGUACCACGAGAGCCUCGUGUUCCCGCUGCUCGACGGGCUCCUGCACUGGGCCGUGUGCCCGUCGGCGGAGGCACGUGACCCCUUCCCCAGCGCGGGCCCCACCUCAAUGCUGUCCCCGCAGCGCCUCGUGCUCGAGUGCCUCUCCAAGCUGAGCACGCAGGACGGUAACGUGGACCUCAUGCUGGCGACGCCGCCGUUCGGCAGGCUGCGCCGGCUCUGCGGCACGCUGGUGACGCUGGUGAGCGAGCGGCGCGAGCAGGUGUGCCGCGAGAUGGCGCUGGCCCUGCUCGCCAACCUGGCGCAAGCGGACGGGCUGGCGGCGCGCGCCAUCGCGCUGCAGCGUGGUUCGGUGCCCACGGUGUUGGGCUUCCUCGAGGACUGCCUGGUAGCACUGAUCCACCAGCAGAGCCCCGCCGCCAUGCUGCAGCACGCGCCGCCCCCCGCCGUGCAACAUCCGAGCCACGACAUGAUGCGGCGCGCCGCCACCGCGCUGCUCGCCAUGGCGCGCGCGCCCGAGAACCGGCCGCACUUCCUCCUGCAGCAGGGCCGGCUUCUGGACGUGUCCAUGUCCAGCAUGCUGCACCCCAGCAUCGCCGCCAUCCUGGGCGAUGUCCUCUACAGGGUGGCACAGGCCUGAGCGGCUUUCUUUGGCGAAGUGGGUGCGGGUGGGGGUGUGGGGGAGGUGGUGGUGGCGGCGGCGCCAGCGGUGCGGGGUGCUGGUGGGGGGCGGGAGAGGCGGUUGGGUGGGUGCAACGCCACUCUCAACUCGAUCCCCGCUCCGCUCGUGUGCCCGGGGGGGGGGCACGCUUUGUCAAGAAAAAUAAAAGCAGGAGAAAUGUAAUUUUAUUUAGGUAAUUAUAAUAAAAUGCUGCUUUGCUGCUAUGCGUGAGGCUUGUGCCUGCCGCUGUGCGCUGCACGAAGCGUUGAACGGCACCAGGGAGCCGUCCCGGCCCUGCCCUCGGUUGGUUGCGGGGGGCGCGCCUUGACUCGCUGUGCCCAAGCCGUGAGUCGCAGCGAACGAAUGGAGCAGCUACAUCCGUGGUUCCUUUUCGCACGGCGCUUAUCUCCCCGGACUAAACAGCGCCGUUUCCAUUGAACUUUUCCUCAAGGGGAUUUGCCAUCUCCUGGAUAAUCCGUUGCUUGGUGUAGCUUGGAUCGGGGGGGGGGGGGAGGAGGUCACGGCCGAGAAGUGGAGGAAAAUUUUGGGAGCGUGGAGCAGUUGCAAGAGAGGGGGGUGUGGGGUUGUCGGGACUGUCACGUGGUCGACACCACUCCCAUACUGGAACAGUUUUCCCUUGUACGUAUCCUUACGGUAGCAACCGAAUUUAUUAUUUUUAAAAUUGUAACCGCAAGGAGCACCCGGGGUGGGGGAGGGGACUAAUGGUUUGAACGCUGUGUUCAUGUUUAGUUUCCAAACGUGGCCCAUAAGCGUGUGGUGGCGGAAGUUUUUCGCACAGGGACACCCCCACCGGAAUGCCCGUAUCGGUUUACCGCUCUUGGCUGCACGAGUUGAAACCGCGAUGGUAAAGAGAGACCCCACCUCCCUCACCCUCUACGGCGGGCUACGAUUUUGUGCCGAGGUUACGCGCGUGCGUGAGUGGGAUGCACGCAACCGCAAAAAAUCCCAUCGCUGCCUCCACAGCCCCCCCCCCCCCCCCCCCGCUUUCUCAAGACCUCACUCGGCAGCCAACUUCCAAAAGAAAAUCGUGCGUCGCUCUUUUGUUUUGGAGCCACAGUUCCUGGGAGGUUACACAUUCUUUUAUUUUUUUUUCAUUAGGACAACUUUUUUAACUCGGCAUGUGUGUUGAAUGUCAAAAUUUAAGGCCUAGUCCUCGACAUACCAAGUUUAGUGCGUAAUAAGUGCCGAAUCAUUUCACGCGUUUUUUAUCGCGGUGUCGGCUUGCGGGGUGGAUGGGUGGGUGGGGGGGGACAGGCAGGAAUCUUCGCGCGUUGCUCGUCCGGCCCAACGAAACCGCGUGUGCGCGUGUCACGUUUUACCGGCCCCGCUUUGCCGCCUCCGCUCCAGCUCUUCUUGAUUUCAACAUCCGCCUCCUGCAUUUGAUGGUGACCGCUUGAUUUAACGCCUUUUUAAGGGUUCAUGUUUUUUUUGUUCCUGUCCUGUAAAUUUAGUAGCAGAGCGUUGCUUUAUUUUUUUAUUCCUCCACUUGCGACGUUGGAGGUGUUUUUUGCCUUCUCAUCGAGCAGUGUUCUGCUGCCCCUUUUCCUCUACUGUUAGCCAAGCUUUCCUCACUCCCCUUUGUGACCAGACAUAGGAUGAAACAUUAGAUGUCAUCAUAUGGGUGUUCUGUGUGUGCUUUUUUUACACUGUAGUUUAUUUUGUUCAUGUUCUUUAAAAAAAACGAUGAAAAAAAGACUAUUCCUUGGUUUUUAUUUGUGCCUCUGAUAGAAGAUGUAAUAUUCUACGCUCGUAAAUUAAAACACGCGGAAGAGCGUAGCAUUGUAACGACAAAAUGUUCUGUUUUGUGGUUAUUGAUAUAAAAUUUGAUGGCGUGUGUCUACUAAAAAAAGCGCAUAAAUUAACAGCAAAAGUAGAUGAAAGUAACGGUGGUGAAUUUAAAAUAAACACGUGGAUACGGAGAAGCGAAAGGGCUCGCUCUAUCGUGACUCACAACCUCUGGCUUCCUCUUGUCUCGUGAUGAACUUUUGGAGAUUUAUUAUUUUUUAAAACAAGAACUUUUUUAGAAAAGAGGGGGAGAGAAUGGGAGUGGGGGGGGGGGGGGCUUUUGCCAUCGUGGGGUGGGUGGGGGGCUCAGAGUUGAGUAGCCCUGCGGCGUAGCCGAGAAGGCCGGUGAUUUUGGUCACCGCCGCGUCGAUCCGGAGGGGGCAGACUUUUGAGUCGUGCGGAGUGUCGUCGAAUGCGUCGACCUACUUUAAAGUAAAAAAAAUAUUAAGUCUUUUAACAAAAACGUGUCUUUUAAAUUAGUCGAAAAGGCAAAGCCCUCCGAUGUUGUCGAGUGUCCGUGGCAUCUCGGUGAAAUGCGGGUUGAUGGCACACACGCGCGUGAGAUCUUAAGCUCCUUGUGUAAGUAAUAAAAGAAAGUAGUCGAUUAAAAACGCGCACACACACAAAAAAUAAAGGCAAAAAAAACCGAGAAAAACGGGAAAAAAAAUACACAUUUUUUAAAAAACAAAACUAUAUACACACUUAGCAAUGUAGAGUUUGAAAACACGAGUUAAAAAAAUAAGUUGAAAUAAUAUUAAUGGAAUAAAAGUAAAAUAAACCAAAAAAUGUGUGGAAUGUUUGCCAGCCAAUGAAUGAAUGUGAAUGAGGGGGCAAGGGGUGGGGGUAUGUUGGGACUCUGGGGGGGGAGUGGUGUUGUCAGCUUGGGUGAUGGGGGGGUGGUGGGGUUAAAGCUCAAUGCUGGGUGAGCACGGAGAGCUUCAUUGUAGAGGAAUACUCCUAUAGGUCGUACCCGGAUUAAAGAUUUGAACUGCUUGAGCGCAAGUUCGCAAAGCUAUGCUGGUCGAUGAGGGGGGAGGGCGGAAGGGCGGGGGAGUUUGGCCUUCGUUUCAUUUACGUUUUGUGUACUUUUUUUUCUACAGCCUUGUGAAAAGUUUGGGUUGGGCACCGUUCCGUGUGUGUGUGCGCGUGCGCGCGUGUGUACAUAUUAAGAUAAAAACGAAAUAAAAAAAUUAGAAAAGGAAAACCACAAAAAAAUAGAAACAAAAACCAACCCUUGUAUACUAUAUAAAACUUUACUCAUUACGUUUUCUGUAGAACAAUAGAUCGACUGUCGUAAAUCAGCUAUUAGCAUUAGCCGUAUAUCCAUCUCAAUUAUUAAUAUUUUAUUUUUAUUAUUUUCUUUUGGAAGUUUUACCUUUCUGUAUUUAGAGGGGAUUUGUAAACCUGAGUAUUUUAUUUUAUUUCUAAGGCGUUGCGCUCUGUUAAUAGAGCACAUUUAACUGAAUCUGUUGAUCAUGGUGUUUGUUAUUAAAUGGAGUAUAAAGCUGCAAAAAGAUGAUCCACGUUGCUCAGUGAUUAAUAUGACCGGCUUAUUUGUAUGAGCUACGUAGGGGAAAAAAGUCGAUGUAAAUCAAUCAUUUGUUUUCCUACAGGCUUAUGAGUGUCAAUUCCUCGGUGCGAAAAAAUCUUUUUACUGUAUGUCUCACGGUGAAAAUAAAUGUACAUGAAAUCUUGGUAACAUUG